AUGGCUGCAGACGACGGAAAAGUGGCAGUCCCCAAGGAUGGGCCUUCUGUGGUCUCCUGGGUCCCUGAGGAGGGAGAGAAGUUGGACCAGGAAGGCAAGGACCAGGUGAAGGAUCGGGGCCAGUGGAGCAACAAGAUGGAGUUCGUGCUGUCCGUGGCCGGGGAGAUUAUCGGGCUGGGCAACGUCUGGAGGUUUCCCUACCUCUGCUACAAAAAUGGGGGAGGAGCCUUCUUCUUCCCCUACUUCAUCUUCUUCUUCACCUGCGGCAUCCCAGUGUUCUUUCUGGAAGUGGCGUUGGGCCAGUACACCAGCCAGGGCAGCGUCACAGCCUGGAGGAAGAUCUGCCCCCUCCUCCAGGGCAUUGGCCUGGCGUCUGUGGUCAUCGAGGCCUAUCUGAACGUCUACUACAUCAUCAUCCUCUCCUGGGCCCUCUUCUACCUGUUCAGCUCCUUUACCUCCGAGCUGCCCUGGACUGCCUGCACCCACUCCUGGAACACAGAGCGCUGCAUGGACUUCCCGAACCGCUCAGCAGCUGGUGCGGCGGCCCCGCCCGCGAACUUCACCUCCCCCGUCAUGGAAUUCUGGGAGAGACGUGUUCUAGGCAUCAGCUCCGGCAUCCACGACCUGGGGGCCCUGCGCUGGGAGCUGGCCCUCUGCCUCCUGCUUGCCUGGGUCGUCUGCUACUUCUGCAUCUGGAAGGGGGUCAAGUCCACGGGCAAGGUUGUCUACUUCACAGCCACGUUCCCCUACCUGAUGCUGGUCAUCCUACUGAUCCGGGGCAUCACCCUGCCCGGAGCCUACGAGGGCAUCAUCUACUAUCUAAAACCAGAUUUGCUUCGGCUCAAGGACCCCCAGGUGUGGAUGGACGCAGGCACCCAGAUCUUCUUCUCCUUCGCCAUCUGCCAGGGGUGCCUGACGGCCCUGGGCAGCUACAACAAGUACCACAACAACUGCUACAGGGACAGCAUCGCCCUCUGCUUCCUGAACAGCGCCACCAGCUUCGUGGCCGGGUUUGUGGUCUUCUCCAUCCUGGGCUUCAUGUCCCAGGAGCAGGGGGUGCCCAUCUCUGAGGUGGCCGAGUCAGGCCCCGGUCUGGCCUUCAUUGCCUUCCCCAAGGCUGUGAGCAUGAUGCCCCUGUCCCAGCUGUGGUCCUGCCUCUUCUUCAUCAUGCUCAUCUUCCUCGGGCUGGACAGCCAGUUUGUCUGUGUGGAGUGCCUGGUGACAGCCUCCGUGGACAUGUUCCCCAGGCAGCUCCGGAAGAGCGGGCGGCGGGAGCUCCUGAUCCUUGCCAUCGUGGUCCUGUGCUACCUGAUCGGGCUCUUCCUGGUCACCGAGGGCGGGAUGUACCUCUUCCAGCUGUUUGAUUAUUACGCCUGCAGUGGCACGUGCCUGCUAUUCCUUUCCGUGUUUGAAGUGAUCUGCAUCGGCUGGGUGUACGGGGCCGACCGUUUCUAUGACAACGUGGAGGACAUGAUUGGCUACCGGCCGUGGCCCCUAGUGAAGAUCUCCUGGCUCUUCCUGACCCCGGGCCUUUGCCUGGCCACUUUCCUCUUCUCCUUGAGCAAGUACACACCUCUCAGAUACAACAACGUCUACGUGUACCCGGCCUGGGGCUACUUCAUCGGCUGGCUCCUGGCUGGCUCCUCCAUGAGCUGCGUCCCACUCUUCAUCGUCGUCGCCCUCCUGAAGACCCAGGGUUCCUUCAGGAAGCGCCUGCGGCAGCUCGUCACCCCUGACCCCAGCCUGCCACAGCCCAAGCGACACCUGUGUCUGGACGGUGGCAGCAGCCGGGACUGCGGGCCCUCCCCAACGAAGGCGGGUCUCAUGGCCGGGGAGAAGGAGACGCACUUGUAGGAUGUGGCUGGAAACCAGGUGGCUACUGAGCCAGGAAGCUGGGUCAGGGCCCCCGUGCCCCCGGCAGACAGCCUUCACCUCUGCCCCCUCCUGCAGCCCUGCCGAGAAGCUCUGUGAUGUCCGUGGGCAUCCCCUCCCGGUGGGCUAGAGAGGGUGCCGCCGGAGCCUGCCUU